GUCGGGAGGUUCUAGGGGGUUCGAAGACGCCGGUUUAUGACGGGGAGGCUGGCGUGGAGGUUGCCUCUCCGUCCUUUCGCUCCCCGGGCCCUCGGGAAAAACCCAGCACCCCGGCCCCGCGGCCAGCCCCUUCCGCCAGGCUCUCUCCGCUCGAUUUCGCCACCGUUAUGUGGGAAGCGAAUCCGGAGAUGUUUCACAGAGCAGAAGAAUUCUUAUCCAAGACUACAAACAGCGAGAUGGAUGAGAUGGACACGUCAGACACACAGUGGGGCUGGUUUUACCUGGCGGAGUGCGGGAAGUGGCACAUGUUUCAGCCGGAUACCAACAUUCAGUGUUCAGUUAGCAGUGAAGAUAUCGAAAAAAGCUUCAAAACAAACCCUUGUGGCUCCAUUUCUUUUACUACUUCCAAAUUCAGCUACAAGAUAGACUUUGCAGAAAUGAAGCAGAUGAAUCUCACCACUGGAAAACAGCGCUUAAUAAAAAGAGCCCCUUUUUCUAUCAGUGCUUUCAGUUAUAUCUGUGAAAAUGAGGCCAUCCCCAUGCCACUCCACUGGGAGAAUGUGAAUACCGACCUGCCCUAUCAGCUCAUUCCUUUGCACAAUCAAACACAUGAAUACAAUGGAGUUGCUAGUCUCUUUGGGAAAACAGUGGAUCGCAACAGAAUUAAAAGAAUUCAGAGAAUUCAAAACCUAGACUUGUGGGAGUUCUUUUGCAGGAAAAAGGUUCAGCUCAAGAAAAAAAGAGGCGUGCCUCAGAUUAAUGAACAGAUGCUAUUUCAUGGCACCAGCAGUGAAUUUGUGGAAGCAAUUUGCAUUCAUAACUUUGAUUGGAGAAUCAACGGUAUACACGGUGCUCUCUUUGGAAAAGAUCGAUACCAUUGCUGUUUUAACACCUGGGGUGAAAGACAGCGCUCAAAACGCAAUCAGCUGAGUCCCUCCAUCUUUAAAGUUUACAUCCGUGUCUUCAGGGUAAAUGUUUUCAGCUCAAAUAGACUUAUUCAUAUGUAUGUUCAAAAAAUAAAAAUAUAGACAUAAAGGUGUCCCUUCAGAGGAAUUGAGCCUUCGUAAACGAGUUCUGAAAUGAUUGUCCACCGAUCUGUGUGUUGCUUUGUUAGUCUUCCGAAGCGGGGGUGGAAUUUAAAACCUUGAAGCAGCCUGAGUACCUUGAGAGAAAUAGAAACAAGAGAAUCGUUGGCAGUGCUGCCAAACAAGCCAGAAGGAGAGGAUCAAGACAGGGUGCCCUGCUCCCGAUACCUUCGGGCGGCAGGCUGCACACUCGGCCUUGCCCUUCUCCUUCUCUUCUGCUGAACUGACCGUAAUCAGCCCGCGCGUCAUCCCCCAGCGCUCCUUAAUUCUCGUACCAAGACUUACUGCACAAGGUUUUUAUUGCAUCUUCAGAAUGAAACUUCUAUUUAUUAUUUUAAACACAUACUUUCCCUUUGUUUUGGGGUCACUACAAUGAUUACUUCUAAGAGAUUUUUUUAUCUGCCCCCCCACAAACACACAGCUAUUCAGCAAUGAUUUAUAAAAUUCACACUUCUAAAUUGUAUCUCCCCAUUUUGAAUCAUUUGCAGAAAGCCUGGGAUGCUUGGAACAAAUCUGGUUUAUUCUUCUGAGUAGCAAUUGACAAUCUGCUAACUCUCUUGAAAAGUUAGGUAUAAUGCAUAAUCAUGCCCAGUGGAAGUUUGUUUCCCUG